UGGCAUUGCCGCCCAGUAUGCGAUCAGCUGAUCGUCUAACCUAAGUUUUACGCUUCUUCGCGUUCAAGUUCACGUUCGCAGGCGAGAGAAGUUAUCGUGGUAUGUCUACUGUAGACAUCACAAAUAUUUACAUACGUUCAUCUACAGACAUCCAAAAUGAAUGAUUCCUUCUUGGAAGAGCUGGAGUUAUUACCCAAAGAAGCAAAGAAAAGCAGUCAAGUGGAUCGUCAUAUAACUACCAGGCAUGCUACUUCAUCUCCAUUACUUCAUUUUUCUGAACAAAGUGAGAGGGAUAAUGUAAAACGAUCACAAAAGGAUCCUGACAUUGUAACAACUCCGAUUAUUCCUGAUGUAAAAAUUACAAGCAGCAAAGAUUCCUCUAGGGAUUCCAAGAAACAAUUGGAUCAGAAUGUAAAAAGACAUUCUGUAAAUAUAAAAGUAUCAGAAAAACCUGACAAAGUUACAGGAAAGCCUGUUGAUGUGAGAACAAAAAUGGACAAUGAGAAGCAGCAGAGUAUUAGCGGAGAACACAAAGUAAAAUCGCAAGAUGUAAAAUAUCUUAAAAUGCCUGAAAACAAAAUCAGAAACAAAGAUCGUAAUCGACAUUCUGGGUCACAUAAGGAAACCACUCAUUCCCUGAAUACUUCUACUAAAGAGAACAGACGUUCCCCUGACUCUCUCAACAGUCAUUCCUCGGAUACUUCUAGUAAGGAAAAUAGCCGACCCUCAGAUUCCUCCAAAGAGACCGGUUUUCGGGAUUCAAUAAAAGAGAAGGGAAAGUUACCUGAUAAGUCGAAAAAAUCAGUUUUCAAAAUACAAGACCAAGAUCCAGUCGCUUUGCUUACAGCUAUCAAAGAAUUGAUAAGCACAUAUACCAAGCAGGAAAGCACAAAGAUUCUACGUACCAUGCAGGAGCUCCAUGUCAAUUCACAAGCAACUUUGAUAAAAAGUCUCUUGGACCAAACAGAUGAUUUAAUUAUAGAAAUGCAUCCCAGCAAAGAUUCCGCUAGAGUGAGAGCACUGGUUGAGGAGAAUGAACGGUUACAGCAAGAGUUGAUUGCUUUGCGAAUGCAAAACGAGGAUCUGCAGAAUAAAUUAGAAAAGCUUGAAUUUUUGAAACAAGAAAAUACGAUGAAUUAAUAUAAGCGUAAUCGCGAUCGCGCUUAAAUAAAUAUUCUUUUAAUACGCAAAAUGCCAAUUAUGACGUUCAUGAUGCAUUUUAACUGUUUGCCAUUUUAAGAAACGUAUAUCGCAUGUUGUAAGACUGGGAAAAAAAAGUUAUUCUUGCUUGAGGAAAUUAUAUUUACUAUUUAACUAUUAAUAUCCAUAUUUAACUUUAU